UGUGCCUCAAAUCCUCUUUUUCGUUUCCUCGUUUUGUUUUGUUUCUUCUUCCACUAAAAGCCUCUCUCUCUCUCUGACAGAGACUGGUGUAAAUAUCUCUGUGGUUAAAUUACCAGCAAUUUAUCUUUGAUUCUUUCAUCUUCAUCAUCCUGUUUCCCUCAGGUCUUUGGUGAAUAAUGAAAACAAAAGCCUUUAAGAUGUCACAUGACAGCCGCUUCAAUUCUUCUAUAUCAGCCUUUAUUUAUAACAAUCUGUUUUUUUAUUGACACUGUAUGAGAAACAGCUGUAAGUGAUGCAAUAUGUCAGGGUUUGAUUUUUUUAUUUUUUUGAAAAAAAAAACCGAGUCAUUUUAAAUUAUUUUGCCUCAUCCUGACAUUGAAACUUAAAAAAAAAAAAAAAGUCGACAUUUUCUGUGCCUUUUCACGAGGCGUCAGCAAAACUUUCCACAUCCCUCUCUCCAUCAUGACCUCCCUCUCUGUUUGGGUGAGAAAGGAUGACGCGCGUCCUGUACCGGUGAGGAUGUGUGCGCCUCACCGGUCGGGCAUGCGGCCUUGAGGGAUGCGGAUACCAUGGCAACAGGCCGAAUGGAACAGACCUCUAUAUAAGCACAUUUAUUUAUUUUAAUAUUUCAUUGACUUGGGCACCGCGUCUCAGCGGACGUGUGUGUGUGCGGCGGGCAGAGUCGGCUCUGGGGUGACGGAGCAGCAGCAGCGGCAGCGGCGGCAGCAGCAGCAGCAGCAGCCUCCUCCUCCUCCUCCUCCUUCCAGGCUCAACAAGUUGCUUCAUUUACAGCUCCCAUCUUUUUACGAUUCGUCGGAGCGCCGAUCUUUUUUAUUUUUUUUUUCUGUUAGAAACAAAUAGAAGUGAUUUGUGAGGCACUGAUGCCGCGACCGCGUGAAUCCCUGUGUCCUGGAGACAACAUGUCAUUGAAAGUCAUGGGAAGUGCGGACACAACACGGAGACAGUCUGAGGACUCGACCUCUGGACACCUGACCAAGUUGUUUCGGGCUUCAGUUUAGACGAAGACAAAAACCUCUGCCGCGGCCGCGGAGCCGCUUCAACAGCGACGUCUUUCCUUCAUCACGAGGAGCGUUUUCACGCCGUUCCGACCCCGGGAAUGAGAAUGAAAAUGAAAAUGAGAAUGAGGAGCCGCCGUGGACACGUUGACAGCGUGGGUUAGACGAGUGUCUCGGACUUGUUGUGCUCCGAUCUGAGGCGUGCGUGUCCCGGCUCUCAGGUUGACAGUGAUUUUGAUGAUGUCGGUUGUGCGUGUCAGGGUGAAUCAGUGAGCCCGGCAGCGUGAGCGCGUGUGUCUGUUGUCAUGUGCGUCCUUUCUGUCCAUUAGGACGCUCCGUGUCCGCGGACACAGGAUCAAAUGUCCUUGUCGUUCAGCCGCCGCCUGAAUCCGCUGCUUUGGAGCGAACACCUCAUCACUGAUGUAAUGAUAUGUGGAGGAAGUAGCAUCAACAUCUGUCCUCUGUAUCUGCUGCAAAGACACAACACACACGGACACUGAGCGGCCGGCGCCGCUGUCUCCGUCUGGACCGGGAAUCGGGUUCUAACGUGACCGGUGUCAGAGCGCUGAGGGCGGCUGUGGAAGGGAGAGGGAGAGGGAGAGGGAGAGGGAGGCCCGCGGGCAGAGAGCAGCCUCAAGGACGUGGAAGGAGGACUGUGACCGAGACAUCUGUGGGGAGGACAGAGCAGAGUAGCUGAGGACAGAGGUGGAAGUCAAGUCCAAACUGUUGAUGUCUCAGUCAGUGGCGGCUUAAAGGAUUUCAUGUCGACAUGGGGCCAUUUCCAAGGGCACAGAGAUAAAGGAGAAGAGAGGGCGGGGGGGGUGAGGGUGGUCUGCUCCAGCAGAAUGAGCCCAGACCACAGAGGACACUCGGACACACGCUGACACCCUCACUUAUAUAAUAUAACAGUUUGGCUGAAUUAACAGCAGUUUUCUCCAGGGAAGGAGUUACAAGUUGUAUGAGUCGGGAUGGACGGGGUGGCUGGAGGUGUGGCCACCCCUGGCAGUGCCCCUGGGUCUGGGGGUGACAGCCUGCCCAGGCGGAACGGAGGGGAGUCAAAGCGGCGCAGUAAGAGCAGCCUGCCCUCUCCUGGCUACAGGUUGUCACAGGCCUCGCUGGAAGGUGAGAAAGGCUCCUUCGGAGUGGACAGCUCUUCCACAGGUGGGCGUGGCCGACGUCUCUCCAUCAUGAGCUCCCCCACCUGCAGGGACGGCCUUCCCUUCCGCGUGGCGGGCACACCAACCACCCCGGUACCUCUGCCUCCUCCGCCCAUCUCCUCCUCCUCCGUGGCAGCCCAGCCUCCUCCUCCGCCGCGCUCUGUCGGCUUUGCCACCUCACGUGCCACUCUGGCGUCCACUUCCUCCACCGGCACCGGUGUUAUGGUGGUGGCCACCGGCGCAGAGACCACCACCACCACAGCCUGCAACACCACCGCAGCCGGGAGCCCCGAGAUGAUGGGUCAGUCUGGACUGGGUUUGUUCGGCUUUGGGCUGGAUGGAGAGGACUACAGCAACUCCAACCAGAGCACCUUCAUCCAGAGGCAGUUUGGGGCCAUGCUUCAGCCCGGGGUCAACAAGUUCAGCCUGCGGAUGUUUGGAUCCCACAAAGCUGUGGCUCUGGAGCAGGAGAGGCUGAAAUCAGCGGGGGCUUGGAUCAUACACCCCUACAGUGACUUCAGGUUCUACUGGGAUCUGCUGAUGCUGAUGCUGAUGGUGGGGAACCUGAUCAUCCUUCCUGUGGGCAUCACCUUCUUCAGAGAGGAGAACACUCCGUCCUGGAUCAUCUUCAACGUCGUCUCCGACACUCUGUUCAUGGUGGACCUGGUUCUGAACUUCAGGACCGGCAUCAUCAAGGAAGACAACACCGAGAUCCUGCUGGACCCCAGGGCCAUCCGUCUCAACUACCUAAAGAGCUGGUUCCUGGUAGACUUUGUGUCGUCCAUCCCGGUGGACUAUAUCUUCCUGAUGGUGGACAGCCUGGACUCGGAGGUCUACAGGACGGCCAGGGCUCUGCGCAUCGUCCGCUUCACCAAAAUCCUCAGCUUGCUGCGGCUGCUCCGUCUGUCCAGACUUAUUCGCUACAUCCACCAGUGGGAGGAGAUAUUUCACAUGACUUAUGACCUCGCCAGCGCCAUGGUCCGGAUUGUGAACCUGAUCGGUAUGAUGCUCCUGCUGUGCCACUGGGAUGGUUGUCUGCAGUUCCUGGUCCCCAUGCUGCAGGACUUCCCUCCUGACUGCUGGGUUUCCAAGAACCUGAUGGUGAAUGACACAUGGGGCGUGCAGUACUCCUAUGCUCUUUUCAAAGCCAUGAGCCACAUGUUGUGCAUCGGGUAUGGUGCACAGGCUCCAGAGGGGAUGACAGAUGUGUGGCUCACUAUGCUCAGUAUGAUCGUGGGCGCCACCUGCUACGCCAUGUUCAUUGGCCACGCCACCGCUCUCAUCCAAUCCCUGGACUCCUCCAGACGACAGUAUCAGGAAAAGGUGACACAUCGAUUUUCCCUCUUUAUGUUCAGUUCAUCAAAUCUNCGACAAAAGAUCCAUGAGUACUACGAACACCGCUUCCAGGGCAAGAUGUUUGACGAGGAGAACAUCCUCGGAGAACUCAGUGAGCCGCUCAAGGAGGAAAUCGUUAGCUUUAACUGCCGUAGCCUGGUGGCUAACAUGCCACUGUUUGCCAACGCUGACCCCAACUUUGUGACGGCCGUGUUGACCAAACUGCGCUUCGAGGUGUUUCAACCGGCCGACUUCAUCAUCCGCGAGGGCACGGUGGGACGGAAAAUGUACUUCAUUCAACACGGCAGAGUCAGCGUGCUGACACGGGGCAACAAGGAGACCAAGCUGAGCGACGGGUCGUACUUUGGAGAGAUCUGUCUGUUGACUCGUGGACGCAGGACGGCCAGCGUCCGUGCCGAUACCUACUGUCGCCUGUACUCUCUGAGCGUUGACAGCUUUAAUGAAGUCCUGGAGGAACAUCCCAUGAUGCGACGUGCCUUCGAGACUGUGGCCGUUGACCGGCUGGACCGUAUUGGCAGAAAGAACUCCAUGCUACUGCGGAAGUCCUCCCAGGGUGGCUCACUGGGGGGCAGCAUGGGCCGUGGUGGAGGUCGGGGAGGAGGCGGUCCAGGAGGAGGUCUUGCAGCAGGCAGUCUGGGUUCCUGUGACAGCAUGUUGGUCCAGCAGAUUGUCAAACACGACAGCAUGCCGGCCAUGCAGGAAGCCAUCGCUGCAGCAGCAGCAGGAAGAAGUGGAGUCAUGGGGGGCAGCGGCACGGUGUCCCCCCGGCCACGCCCCGUCAUCUGGGCCCCACUGGUCCACGCCCCUCUGCAGACGGCCGCAGCCACCAGUAACGUGGCCAUCGCCCUCAUGCACCAGCAGCAGCAGCAGCAGCUUCAGCAGUUGCAGCAGCAUGCACUCGGGGGGACGUUCUUCCUGCCCUCCCCUCUUGUUUCCCCCUCUCCAUCUUCCUCCUUCCCUCUGUCUCCCCCACGCCCUCCCGUGUUGCAGCCGCUCCGUCCCUCCGUGAGCUCCCUCAUUGGGAUGAUGACAUUGGGAGGAAUGGGAGGUUUGUCCCCCAGAGGAGGAUUUCCUGCCUCUCCGUCAACCAUGCCCCCUGCUGGCGGAAUAGCGUCCACGCCAGUCGCUAAAACACCACCAACUCCCGCCUCCUCUGUCCCGACGUCGGUUCAACAAGGUCGGAAUCACCAUUACAGCCUGCGUCUCCAGCCAGACCACCCUUCCUUGUUGACCGCUUCACUUGGAGCUCCAAUAGGGGGAGGACAACUGACUCACCCGCUGCACAAAGUGCCGGCCGCCAACCCAGCAGCCGGCGUUAGCUCUGCAGCAGAAGGCAACAGUUCCGCUUCGGGGCAGCAGGGGGCAAAAGAGGCUCUUUUACGUCACGGGGGAGCCAGCUCUCAGGGUCUCCCAGCCCUGGGCAGACUCACCCAGGAGGCCAGGUUACUGUCUGCCUCACAGCCCACUCUGCCGCACCGUUCGUGGGCUGCCGUGCAGCCUCACCCACCGCUCCAUCGAAAGGCCUCUGGUGGUAACUUGUUGGCAGCUCCUUUCCUUGCGGGUCAGUUAGCCAGGGGGGGCAGCGCCGGUCUGCUGACCUCAAACCCACCAGUACAACUGGUUACCAAUCAACCAAUCAACACAAAGGUGCAGGCUGCAGCCCACCUCUACCAGCCCACUGUGUCACAGCCUACAAACACAGCCCCUCAUCCUGCCCUUUUACCCACGGCCACCGCUGCCCAUUUGCCCCCAACGUCUUCACCUACUAAACAAACCCCGCUCUCCUCUGCUACCCCUUCACCCGCACGCACCCCCUCAUCUCCUACUCCCCACCUCCCCCAAACCCCUCGUCCCAAACCGGUCACCAUGACCCCCUCUCAGUCGUCCUCUCCCCCUCUCUGCUCCACCCCACCUCUGGCGGCCACCAGCCCUCUGUCUCUCUGCUCCACCCCUCGUCCAAAACCAGUGGCUACACCCUCACCGCGCUCUUCCUCUCCUUCCCCCUCUUCCACGCCCCCUCCUUCCUCUGUUUCCACCCCCGUACCACUACCACCCCCUUUUGCGUCAAAGUCCUCUUUUACCUCCUCUCCUCCAUCUUCUCUGGUCGCCUCCUCCCCUCCACAUCCCUCCAGCCCCCGACCUAAGGCCUCCAUCACACCUCCAUCAGCCUCUCCAUUGUCUGGUUUCAGCCCUGUCCCAACACCAACCCCUUCCCCGACCCCAACUCCUACACAGCCACCACGCAGCCGGACCUCCACCACCUCUCAGCUGCCCUCUCAAACUACCACGUAUGUGGCCUCCACGCAGACCCUCAACCCCACCCUGCCUCCCUCUUCAGUUACUGCCUCAUCAGCUCCCCCUCUCAGUAAGUCCCAGAGUCCAACGACCUGUCUACAGCCCCCGGUUAGAGCCCCCACCUCCGGCCAGUUCCCAAAACAGGCCACGCCCCUCACUUCAACCCAAUCGUCAGCCCCCGCCCCGGCGGCCGUUAGCAUUAGCUCUCCUGGUAAAAUGAAGUUUUCAGUUCAUCCUGUGAAACAACCUUUCCCUGUCCUCCCACCAAACCCCCCCUCAGAGUCUAGUCGCUCCACCAAACCAUCUCCACCCCCCCCCUCCCCUUCAUCAUCAUCAUCAUCUUCCAGCACGACUCCUCACUGCACCACCUCCUCAAUCACCUCCCCCCCUAACGUCACACCUACUUCUUCUCAUACCCCGAGGAAAAUGCCAACGACUACAGCUGCCGCUGCCCCUGAACUCAGCGCAGCUUCUGCCCCCACUCAGGCCCCCCAGGCGUCUUCUGCUACACCCACAGCUACACCUGCCAAUCCCACCUCCCCCAAAGGGGGGAAACAGGACUCUCAGUUAGAACUGACCAGAAAAGACUCAGAAGGACUGAGGCACAAACUGCCUGCCAACAUGUGAAAAAGGAGGUUUUACACAGGGUGGUCCGUCCAAUCACAGAGACCCUGGUGGUCCCACGUGGACUGGUGCAUUCACUCUGGAACAGGCAUGGGCAAACUACGACCCGUUUGGCUUUUUAAUCCGGGACACCAAAACUUUCCAAUU